AUGUUUUUGGUCCGAAUUCAGUACGUUCUUCCACCUGAUAAACCUGUGCUGGAUGAUAUUGACCCAGAAUAUGGACUGCAUGACUAUGACCUACAUCUUGAUAUGCACAGUGGAAAGCAUACUUACAUGUGUGGAACAUUCAAGAGUCUCUUCUGCAGAAAAGGUGACAUUGAAAAUGGAUAUUUGAAGCUCACAGUUGUAAGCUUAAAGGAUAAUACAAAGCACAUACCUCUUAUUGGGACAGUUGGCUUAUCCUGGGAAACAACUGCCUUUAAAGGCAUUGUAAAGGACUCUUACAUGAUGGAUGUUACUGUCUUGGAUGAAACUCAAAAACCCUUCUGGUGCUUCAGUGCCCCAGUUUGCAUGGAACUCUCUUCCAAAGUGUCCAACCUUUAUGAUUACAUGGGUCAUAUCUAUACCACAGUCUAUGCAGAUUCAGAAGGCAAAGUCUGUGCUGAGUUGGUGUGGUUGGAAGAAACCAAAGAGUAUUUCAUAGUCAGUCUCAUUCUUUACAUAAGCACUGAAAAGGUUAAUAAUUGGUAUGGAACAAAGUACUGAUAUAUUGUUGCUUUCCUUGCUUUAAAAUAAUAAUAAUAAAGUGAAUCCUAUGUAUUUCAUGUUUAAAAUUUAAUGUGAAUGGGUAAUACUAUUUGCAAGUUUUGCACUUCUGGCUUUUCAUUAACAAGUAAAAUUGUGUACGUUUGUUAAUUGACAUUGGAUAAAUUGAAAAGGAUAUUGAUAGAAAUUGUGGGUUUUUUUUUUUCCUGUUCAACAUCUCAUUGUUAGCCUGUUGCUGGUACUGUACACACUGAAAAUAUUUUUAGGAAUAAUUUUUUUUUAUAGACACCCUUGAGCAUAGUUAAUAAAUUACUUCUUGUGAGUGCCAUACUGUGAAGAAGCUCUGCCUUAUUAUAAGAUGCACUGGAUUUGAGAGCAUUCACCGUUAUGCCUCCGUGGUGGUUUCACACUGAUAGGUAGUUAAGGUCUACCAAGCCACUCUCUCACUCCCUCUUUUUUCCCCCGUUCUGUUGAAGAACCUCAUGGGUUAAAGACAGAGAGAUCUCUCACCAGUUACUAUCAUGGGCAGAAAGGACUCUGAAUAGGGAGAUGAGUGUAAUUUAUUGUCCACUGCUAGCAGACUAAAGCAGCAAGAUCUAAAAGCAAACUAAAAAUACCUUCUCCCUCCACACCUGCUCCUUCUACCUCUACCCCUUGUGCUACGCAGGACAAUAGAGAAGAGGGGCAGUCUGGGGCAGUCAGUCUGUAGUGCUUUCUCUGCCACUCCUCUGUUGUCACUCUCUCUAUGCCUGCUCCAACUGUGGUCCAUCCCACAGGAUGCUAUCCUUCCUGAACUGAUCCUGUGUGGGCCUCCCCCAGGCUGCAGCUCUCCAAGCACUGCUUCAUCUGGGUCUCUGUUGGCAGCAGUUUCCCAGCCCUCCUGUCCCAUCCUGGACUCUUCUCCGUGGGCUGCAGCUCUGGCCUGGUACUGUUCCAGUGGAGGCUCUCCGUGGGCUUUAUUUCCUUUAGGCCUCGUUCACUGCUACACUGUGGGCUCCUCCAUGGGCUACCUGUGGAGAUCUACUUUGUGUAGUAGUGCCUGCCUAUGGGCUGCAGGAGGACAGCCUGCUCUACUGUGGGCUGCAAGGAGCUUCAGCUAUGCACCUGGAACUACAGAACCAUGGAACGUCCUCAGUUGGAAGGGUCCCACAAAAGGAUCAUUGAGUCCUAUUCCUGGCUCCACACAGCACCACCCAAAAUUCAAACCCUAUUCCUGACAGCAAUGUCCAAACUCUUCUUGAACACCAGAAUGCUUGGUGCUGUGUCCACUGCUUUGGGCAGCCCAUUCCAUGCUCACGGCCCUGUGGUGCAGACCCUUUCCUUAACCCCCAGCCGUUCCCU